AUGGACCAUGACGAUCUUGUAGUGAAGGCCAUAGAGGUCUACAGAAGCAUCCCUGACUUUGGCGAGGUAUAUUUGUCGCGAGAAGAUUGUCUUGUUGCUGUUGGAAUGAAUGAAGAAAUUGCCAGCACGGAACAAGUCAAGAAACAGUUUGAUCGCAGACGAAAUGGAAUGGAGCAGCGACAUGGCAGACCAGAACACACUGACAAUAUUGAAGAAAACACAAAGCGGGCAGUAUAUCUAUUUCAGCGCCUUGCCGUGAAUCCUACCGCCAUUGGAAAGAAACCAACACAAGCAUGGACAAUGGCCCUCGCCGGGUUCAAACAUGAACAGCGGAAAGCUGGAGCUUGCUUCAUGAAAGUCAGCCGGGCAAUCAAAUCCUCCCAAAAGAGGCAGCAGCAGCAACAGCAACAGAGGCAGGCUGCCCAGAUGCCUCCAGUAGCUCGACAGAACCAAAUUCCACGCCCCGGGCACAAAAAGCCCCCUCCAAACAACCAUCUACCAAAACCACCGGCGGUGGCAGCGAGGCCCGUUCCCCAUGUAUUGAUUGAUGAUGACGAUGGUUCUCAAGUCGUCUUGUCCCCAAUUUCAGCUGCAGAUUCAAAUCCUGCUUUUGUGGGCUUUGACCAAGAGAAGGAAGAGUUUUCUUUCUUUAACACCCCUCCAAAUUUUUGCAAUACGGAGAUGCAAGUGCUCUUUGACAGCGCUUAUUGUGGUGAUAGUGUAUCAAUGUCCUCGGGUGCAAAAUCUAACAUUGAUUGGAAAGACGCAAGGAAGCCUCAAGGAAGCAUUCGAAGUGCAAUCUCCCACCUUACUACCACUACCGAUACGCGACGCACAAGCAAAGCAGCGCAACAAGAAAGACAGUCGCGUCGAGAGCUGGAUAACAUCCGAAAGUCCCUUUUCAAAGCUGCAACUGUCAUCUACAACUCUGUUCGGGCAAAUGAAAACACUCUUUCAAUUUUCAAGUCAGCUGAAGCCGUCGCAACGACUUUCAACAAAUUGGUUGGUAUCGAUUGUCUUUCUGGCCGUGAGAUACAAACCGCAGUCGCAAAAGGCAGUAUCAACGAGUCACCCCCUCGGCUUGGACGGCAGGGAGAGAUCCCAAUUGAGGAAUUCAAAGAUUUCUGCUCGGCUGUGUUUACUGCUUGUGCUAUUGAGCAAUCAAACUGCCAGGAACGAUCAAACCGAGAGCAACUGAAGAGCAUUGUCGGAGAGAUUUUGAAUGACAAGAGGAAAUCCGAGGGGCUGCCUGCAAUGAACGAUGCUCGCUUUUAUCGUCGAAUUGAGGAAGAGAUCUGUCACCUCCAAGAUUUAACCAAGGCCGAUAGUAGAGAGUCUCUCCGUGUGCUUUGGUUGACCUACAAGACUCAGCUCCGGCACUACGAGAACUGGGAGAAGCAUGCAGUCGAUUUGGGGUUUGCUCGAGAGCUUACAGCGGAUGAGCGUCCCAAUGAAGAUGGUUACAUCGUUUGGCACAAGAAGCGACUUUCUCAUGUGCUUCAAUUUGAUGAGAUGAAUCUUGCACUCGAAGGAACAGAUGCGACGAUUGGAGGGAGAGAGAGCCUGAUUCCGUCGGUAACAAGAGCGGGAAUCAAGGACGGUGGCCAAGCAGCAGAGAAGAAUGGAGCAUCGAUGACAAUUAUGUUUGGAGUUAACUUUGCUGGUGAGGUGUUGCCACCUCUCUUCAUUUUUCCAACCGGUGCCACGGAUAAGAAGAACUACAAGCUCAAAGCAGACUUCGCGGCGACUUUGCCCCAGCUGAAAGCCACUUAUGGCUUCAACACGGAGAGGUAUCACAACGUCCCGUUUGCUGUCAACCCGAAGGGAGGCAUGACAAAGGAAAUGCUUUCAGAAUUCUUUAGUCGUUGCAUUAUCCCACUCUACCCAAAGAGUUCUGACAACGUUGACAACCGAGUGCUUGUCAAGAUUGACUCAGGUCCUGGUCGGAACAACCCAGACACACUAGUUUAUCUUCGAUCUUUGGGUUUUCAUCUUUAUCCAGGCAUGCCAAAUGGCACAUCAACAGGACAGGAGCUUGAUCAAAUGUUUGGGUAUUUAAAGAAGCAUAUUUAUGAGAAUCGAGCCAUCCUUUGGGCCGCAAGAUUUCGCUUGGAGGGAGCAUCGGCAACAUUGACGAUGGCAGAUGUUGGCAGUAUGGUCUUUGGAGGUGUUGUCACAUUGACUGAUGGCAGUACAGUCGAGCUUGUUGAUGCUUUCUCAGAGGCGAUGGAUGCAGCGCACAUCCACAAAGCAAUGGACAAAUGUGGUUACUGUCCAAGCACUCGAGUGGCGUUGAAGUCCUCUCAAAUUCGGCACGAGGUUAUUGAAUCGGAGGAUGGUGGUAUUGAUGAGGAUGCUGAUCCGUACGGAGCCUUGCUUGAUGAGCUCGAGAGGAAGAAUCGACAGGCAAUCGAAGCCCUGCAUUUGAAUGGAUAUGACCUAGCUGACAACCUACGGCGCUCUAUCAACCGAGUGACAGUCAAUCAAGUCAGAGGAAGAGCAUCAACAAUCACCGAGCCAAACUCGCGAGAGAGACAGGAGGCGAUUCAGAAGGUCGGCACGUCGACUGCGGGUGGUUGGUUUCACGUUACCAAUGGUGGCGCUCCAAUGACGUGUGACGAUGCAUUGAUUGCGUUCGCUCGCAAGGAUCAAGAGAAGCAGGCUAGAGAGUUGGAGAAGAAGAAAGAGAAAUGGGAAUCAUUCCAAGAGGUGACAGCUGCUGCACAACAGGUCUUACAGCAGAAGAAAGACAGCAAGGCGUGGAAGAAAGCUGAUCUGCAAGUCGCCAUUCAAUUCAAGCAAGGCCCAAUUCCGACAGAGCCACACAAUGAGAAGGUAUCGGUCAACAAGCCUCAGCUCCUUGCUCUCUGGAAUGCCAAAUACAAGGAUAUGCCGGAACCAACAGUCGAAGAGUGGACGGAGGAAGAUGACAGCAUGCUGGAGUCGUUGUAUGCUGGUGAGAUUGUGGACUUUGAUAGAGAUGUGGGUCUACAGCGUUGCUGGGAAACAGAGGAAGAUGCAAUUGCACUAAGGUUGCUCUCAUUCAAUAAGCAGCGACGAAAGAACGUACUGCUCCAUGUGAUCGAAGAACUUGAGGCAACCGAAUGGGAUGAGAUUGAGGCCGACUUGCAUUGA